AGCAGAAAAAUGAGCUCUCUUCGUCUCAUAGCAAUGGCUUUAAGUUGUGCAGUGGUAGUGCUUGGAGGGUUACCCUUCUCCGCAGAUGCACAAUUAGAUCCCGAUUUUUACAAGAAUACUUGUCCCCAGGUGCAUUCUAUUGUACAAAAAAUCUUAAAGGACGUUUCAAAAUCGGAUCCUCGUAUGCUUGCCAGUCUCGUCAGGCUUCACUUUCACGACUGUUUUGUUCAAGGUUGCGACGGAUCAAUUUUGUUGAACGAUACAGCUACGAUCGUGAGCGAGCAAACUGCAGCACCAAAUAACAACUCGAUAAGAGGUUUGAAUGUUGUGAAUCAGAUAAAGACUGCGUUGGAAAAUGCUUGUCCUCGCGUAGUUUCUUGCGCUGAUAUUCUUGCCCUUGCUGCUCAAGUAUCUACUUAUCUGGCUAAUGGUCCUUGCUGGAAAGUUCUCUUGGGAAGAAGGGAUAGUUUAACAGCAAACAAAACCCUUGCUAAUCAAAACCUUCCAGCUCCUUUCUUCAACCUAACCCAACUUAAAGCCGCUUUUGCUGCCCAAGGCCUCAACACUACAGAUCUAGUUACUCUCUCAGGUGCUCAUACAUUUGGUAGGGGUCAGUGCUUUUUAUUCGUUAAUCGAUUGUACAACUUCAGCGGCACAGGGAAACCUGAUCCAACCCUCAACACAACUUACUUAGAACAAUUGCGCAAAAUAUGCCCCAAUGGUGGACCUGGGACUACCCUCACCAAUUUGGACCCUACCACACCUGAUAAAUUCGACGAGAACUACUACUCCAACCUUAAGGUUCACAAGGGUCUAUUUCAAAGUGACCAAGAGCUGUUCUCAACAACCGGUGCUGAUACCAUUAGCAUUGUCAACAAGUUCAGUAGUAGCCAAGAAACUUUCUUUAAGAACUUUGAGGCUUCCAUGAUAAAAAUGGGUAAUAUUGGUGUGCUAACGGGGACAAAAGGAGAAAUCCGAAAACAGUGUAAUUUUGUUAACAAAAAAUCUGCUGAACUUGAUAUUGCUAGCGUGGCCUCUGAAGAAUGGUCACCGGAUGGUAUGCUUAGCUCAAUACAUUAUUCGUACCAUGUGUCCGUGGCUACAAAGCGUUCCCAACAGAACGGAAACAUGAGUUCCCUUCUCACACUCAAAGUAGCUUUGUGCUGUGUAGUGAUUGCCAUUGGAGCACUACCCUUCUCCUCAGAUGCACAGCUAGACCCUUCCUUCUACAAGAAUACAUGUCCCAAAGUCCAUUCCAUUGUGCGUGAUGUCAUCAGAAACGUUUCUAAAUCAGAUCCACGAAUGCUUGCUAGCCUCAUAAGGCUCCACUUUCAUGAUUGUUUUGUUCAAGGGUGUGAUGGAUCAGUUUUGUUGAAUGAUACGAGUACGAUUGUGAGUGAGCAAGGUGCAGCGCCAAACAACAACUCCAUAAGAGGUUUGGAUGUUGUGAAUCAGAUAAAGACUGCAGUGGAAAAUGCUUGUCCUGGCGUAGUUUCUUGUGCUGAUAUUCUUGCCCUUGCUGCUGAGAUAUCCUCUGUUCUCGCUCAUGGUCCCGAUUGGAAAGUUCCACUCGGAAGAAGGGAUAGUUUAACAGCAAAUCAAACUCUUGCUAAUCAAAAUCUUCCAGCCCCUACUUUCACCCUUGAUCGGCUUAAAUCUGCAUUUGCUAAUCAAGGCCUCAACACCACUGAUCUUGUUGCACUUUCAGGUGCUCAUACAAUUGGUAGAGCUCAGUGUAGAUUUUUCGUUGGUAGAUUAUACAAUUUCAACAGCACUGGCAAUCCUGAUCCUACUCUCAACACAACCCUUUUGCAAUCAUUACAAGUAAUAUGCCCCAAUGGGGGACCAGGGACUAAUCUCACCAAUUUGGACCUAACCACUCCUGAUACAUUCGACUCUAACUACUACUCCAAUCUUCAACUUCAAAAUGGCUUACUUCAAAGUGACCAAGAGUUGUUUUCCACAAGUGGUGCAGAUACCAUUUCCAUUGUCAACAGUUUCAAUAGUAACCAGACUCUAUUCUUUGAAAACUUUAAGGCAUCAAUGAUAAAAAUGGGCAACAUUGGAGUACUAACAGGAUCUCAAGGAGAAAUUCGAACACAGUGUAAUUUUGUCAAUGGAAAUUCCUCUGGAUUGACUACUCCAAUAACUAAAGAAACAUCAGAAGAUGACAUGAUUAGCUCAAUUUAAUUAAAUGAGCUAAUGAAGACUACGCUUGCAAAAUAUAAAGACUAAAGGUAUUUAAUUAAUAAAGAGUUCUAUAGGCACAUGCAUGCAUGCCAUG